AUGACUCCAAUUCAACAGACUCCUUCUGUUCACAACACUAUUGAUGAUUCCUCUAACGGUUUUCCAAAUCAAAUUUCGCUUGGUGAAUAUUUAUUUUAUAGAAUUUCCCAAGCUAACCCAAAACUUAAAUCCAUAUUUGGUAUUCCCGGUGAUUUCAAUCUCAAUUUAUUAGAACAUGUUUAUUCACCAAUCAUUGCUGAAAGAGAAAUAAAGUUCAUCAACACAUGUAAUGAAUUGAAUUGUGCUUAUGCUGCUGAUGGAUACUCAAGAGUUAUUGGUGGUAUGAGUGCUAUGAUUACCACAUUUGGCGUUGGUGAAUUAUCUGCUAUCAAUGGUAUUGCCGGUGCGUUUGCUGAACAUUGUCCUGUUUUACAUAUCGUGGGGACAACUUCGAUGAAAGAUAGAUUGCGUGCUCCAAAUGAAAUGAUUAAUAUCCAUCAUUUGGUACCAAACCAUGAUCCAUUAAAGCCACCUAAUCAUGAUGUUUACAAGUCUAUGGUUGAGAAUAUUUCCGUUGUUCAAGAAUCUUUAGACUAUGACACUAAGAAAAACUUGAUUAAAAUUGACAAUGUAUUGAAAAAAAUAAUUCAAGAGGCAAGACCAGGAUAUUUGUUUAUUCCAUGUGAUGUUCCAGAUCUUCCAGUUCCAGGUAAGAUGUUAUUCCUGGAUCCAUUUACUGCCGCUACAAGAUACACCAAUCUGAUAUUAUCAAAACAAGUAUUGAAUGACGUAACCAAUGCCAUCCUCGAGAAAAUGUAUGAUGCAAAAAACCCAUCAAUUUUCUCCGAUUGUUUAACAACAAGAUUUGGAUUCCAAAAUGAUCUCAAUAGAUUUAUCGACCAAAUCCCCGAAACCGUCAAAUUGUUCACUGCCAAUCUUGCUAGAAACUUGGAUGAAAGUAGAAAUAAUUUUGUUGGCGUGUACAAUGGGAAUGGAUCUUCCGAUGACAAAACUAAACAAGAAUUUGAAUCUUCAGAUUUUAUAUUAACUCUAGGGUUUUUCCCCAAUGAAAUGAAUACUGGUGGCCAUACAUCAAAUUUCUCAAUGAUAAAAGACGUUGUCAUUGUUCAUCCAGAUUACAUUAAAGUUAAUCACCAAAUUUAUCAUAUUAAACAAAAUGAUGGAGAAAGAUUAUUCACUUUGGGUGAGUUCCUUUGUACCUUGACUGAGAAAUUCGAUCCAUCAAAACUCUCGGUAGCAGCAGCAGAACCCAAAAAGAUUUACCAAUAUCAACCCUCGCAACAAUACAGUCCAUCAAAUCUUGAUUAUAUUCCACAGGGCAAACUCAUUGACCAUUUCAACAGCACUCUUAAACCCAAUGAUUUGUUUAUUUUAGAAACUCUGUCAUUUGUUUUUGGAUUACCAGAUAUGAAAUUCCCAACCAAUGUACAGUUGCUCACAUCUCCUUAUUAUGGUUCAAUUGGGUAUGCUGUUCCAGCUACUUUUGGUGCCACACUUGCUGUCAAUGAUUUAAAAUCAGAUAGAAGAAUUAUUGUUGUCCAAGGUGAUGGGUCAGCACAAAUGACGGUGCAAGAAUUAUCCAGUUUUGUCAGAUAUAAGGAGAUUUUACCAAAUAUGCCUCAUAUUUAUUUGAUCAAUAAUGAUGGUUAUACCAUUGAACGUAAAAUCAAAGGCCCAAAUCGGUCUUAUAAUGAUAUCAAUGGUAAAUGGAAAUGGCGUAAUUUAUUAAAUGUGUUUGGAGGUGUUGAAGGUGAAAUGUACGAUUCAUGUGUAUUGAAGAACAGUUCUGAAUUGGAUCAAUUCUUUAAUGGUGAUAAGACAAAACCAAUACUGUCUCACAAAUUACAAUUCUAUGAAAUAAUUGCUGGUAAAUUUGAUGUACCUCAAAGAGUCGAUAACAUGAUGUGUAUUUCAAAAAAUAAAAAUUGA